AAUACCACACUCGCUUUCCGUUACUAUUGCGAUUGCUCUCAUCAAGUCUGUAUCCAUAAAGUUAAUCUUUGUUUACUGGGGGAAGACUUUAAUAAAGUGAGUGAUUCGUUACAUCUAAUUCCUGACUUUGUUAGGUUUCCCACGUCGACCACACUGCAGCCUUGGUUACUUCGGAUCCCAAAUCAUCUUCACUUAAAAUCAUCACAUCCAAACCGGAUUUCCACACAAAAUGUCUUGUGCAGGGCUGCACACUGAAUGUGCAAUAUGCUCUUUCAAGACCGAGGCCAUCCGUCGUGGAUCCUGGAAACCUAAACCUGUUAAGACAAGCGUCAUAAUUCUUAAUUUCAAGAUGCCGAUCGUAUACCACUCCAAAACUUAUCACGCCGUCAAGAGUGUUGUGGGUCGCAUCUCUGAGGAAGUCGAUCUUAUGUCGGAUCUAUCUAGAUUCACUGUAUGGUCGCCCUGUUCAUUCAACCGACGAGCUGCCGUUAUCCUCACAUCAGAGGGCCAUCUCUGGGCGACUCCCCAAUCGCCUAUCUUCGAGCCUUUAUACAAGUAUCUUGUCCUCUCACCGGAAAUACAGACCAUCAGCCUGAACUACCGAGCUGUUAGCCCAUUGGUCAGUCUCUCCACCGACAGACAGCUAUCCUUCGACUUGAUCACUCUGCAGGGCCCGCCUUCAGCCGCAGCAAAGGUCGGGAGAUGCUUUGGCUGGGGACCUAAGACUACAUCAUUGCGUUCCAAGAUCAACAAGAGGGACAAGUUGCGAUCUAGCAUGUCUAGAGAAUUGGUCCAAGAUUUCAAAGCGUGGGGAGAAUGCGUGGCAGGAGAUCCUGUCCCGGCAUCGUGCCUUGCCACUCCCAGGAGAGACUCAUGCAGCUUCGAAAACCCGUCUAAAGAGGACCUGAGCCGUAGCGAUGGCUUGCACGUUGUCCGGAGCAAUGAGGGAGAAGAAUAUGAAAGGUCGAACGAAGAGAAGCUUUUCAUGUUCUUUCGAUGGAACAACAGAAUGAAAGCGAACAUGUUCAAGGAUCACCGAAUGCACCGUCAAGUAACCAAUGGUAGAAUGAGAGAGUACAACCUCUGGAACCACUUCAUCAUAGAGCCUGUGGUCGACCUUGCGCGUUCGGGUGCGAAAGUCCAGAUGUUCGAACUGGAGCUCCGAUGCGUUGAGCCCAAGAAGCGGUCGUUCGGUACUGCGGUCAAGGAAUGGUACCACGGCGGGCCUUGCAACACACUCGCACACUGGAACCACAGAGUCCGUACUUUGGCUUCUGGUCUAAAGAAUCGUACAAAGACCCUUGUGAAGCGGCGGGCUUCUUCAGGCAAGGCCUCAACUACAGGCACGAUCACUCCAGUUGAAGCAAAUCCACCCACGGCUCCACCAAAGGAAGCACGUCUCUCUAAGGAAUGAUCGCAUGGCAAUCCUAUUUAUUGCUGUUAGCCUCCCACUGACAAUGUCUUUCGAAAACACAAACGCAACAUUUUUGUCCUUCAGCCCUUCCAGCUAGUCAUCAGGGCUCCAGGCGGCAAGUGGGCAGUGCCAGCAUCUUCCCGCCUAGAUACAGCCCCAGCGUCAACACAACUCAUAGCUAUACCGAAAACACCAGCAUUAACUCAUUUCAGCCUCAUCAUUCGUGCGAAGGUCAUGCGCGCGCCGCCCUAAAUUUCUCGAUCAUCACCAUCGGAUGUAACACAAGCCUCAUCAAGCAACGGGAAUACGCGU